AUGCAGAGCCUGGGGCGCGAGCUGGGCAGCCCGCCGACGGACGGCAUCUCGAACGUGCGCUUCUCCAACCACUCGGACCACCUGCUCGUCGCCUCCUGGGACUCCAACCUACGACUGUACGAUGCGGGAGCCAACACACUAAGGGGCACGUUCCCCCGCCGCGGCCCGGUGCUGGACUGCUGCUUCCAUGACGACAGCUCUGGCUUCGCUGGCAGCGUUGACCAGUCCGUGGUCAGGUACGACUUCAAUGUGGGGAGGGAGGACGUGCUGGGGCACCACCAGGGGGCGGUCAAGUGUGUCGAGUACUCGCAUGCCACGGGCCAACUGAUCACAGGCGGGUGGGAUCGAACUGUGAGGUGCUGGGACCCCCGUGCCCCCUCCUCCCACCUGCGCCUGACAGUGACAGCGGAGCAGCCCGAGCGCUGCUACUCCAUGUCGCUCGCCGCACACCGCCUCGUGGUCGCCAUGGCGGGGCGCCACGUGUCGAUCUACGAUUUGCGCAACAUGGCGCAGCUGGAGCAGCGGCGGGAAUCUUCUCUGAAGUUUCAGACGCGGUGUGUGCGGUGCUACCCCACGGGCACGGGGUAUGCUCUGGCGUCCGUGGAGGGACGCGUUGCCAUGGAAUUCUUCGACCCAUCUGAGGCCGCCCAGGCCAAAAAGUAUGCGUUCAAGUGUCAUCGGCGGUCAGAGGGAGGGAGGGACACAGUCUUCCCAGUCAACACCAUCGCCUUCCAUCCAAUCUACGGAACGUUUGCCACGGGGGGGUGUGACGGGGUGGUCAACAUCUGGGACGGCAACAACAAGAAGCGCCUCUACCAGUAUGCCAAGUACCCCACGAGCAUCGCGGCGCUCUCCUUCUCGCGGGACGGUCGCCUGCUGGCCGUGGCAGCCAGCUACACCUUCGAAAUGGGCGACAUCCCGCAUGAGAAGGACGCCAUCCACAUUCGCAAUGUGAACGACGCAGAGGUCAAGCCCAAGCCCAAGGCAUACAGCACUGCCACGCGCCAGCUGUGGCGGCUGCGGCGCCACCCUACCGUGGCGUCCGUCCGCGCCAGCCGCGUGCUCCGCCGGCAGACCAGCGACUCGCCGCAGUUCCUGGGGCUCCCCGGCAAGGUGUGGCUGGCAGUGGGCGGGCAGAGCAAGGCGGGCGAGGGCACGGUUGUGGGGAUCGUGGACACGGGUAUCUGGCCCGAGCACCCGUCCUUCAGCGAUAAGGGCCUCUCCUCGCAGCUGCCCGCGGGGUGGAAGGGCAAGUGCGAGCAGUCGAGCUCAUUCCGGUGCAACAACAAGGUGAUCGGCGCCAAGGCCUUCUAUGCCGCCGCGGGGAACCCCGUGAAGGUGCAGGGCGGCGGGCAGGUGAGCAGCAUGGCGCCGGCAGCGCGCAUUGCGGCGUACAAGGUGUUUUGGACGGACGACAACGGGGACAUUUACGCCACGGAGCCAGACAUCAUCGCAGCCGUCAAUCAGGGCGUGGCGGACGGUGUGGAUGUGCUGUCGCUGUCCCUGGGCGGCGUGAAUCCCGAGGACAACUUUUUCAACGAUCUCGCUUUCAUGCGCGCCAAUGCUGUGGGGGUGUUUGUUGCCUUUGCUGCGGGCAACGCGGGGCCUCCCGGGCGUGGAGGGUUCUACCGCACGCUGGACAACUUCGCCCCUUUCUACCUCACUGUUGGCGCCAGCACCAUCGCCCGAGGAGGCGCCUCCCUUGCCUCGACUGCCGGCACUCAGUCGCUCGCUCUCGGUGCCACCAGCAGCGGCUGCAACGGCACGGAUGGCAGCACAGGCGGCAAUUGCAAUGGCAACAACACAGAUGCCACGGACGGCACAUAUGGCAGCGGAACCAUUCUGACUGCGGACGGUGGGAUCACCUUCACCUCCUCCUCCUCCUCCGCCCCAGUGGUGGCUGACUUCUCUUCCCGCGGCCCCCUGCUGCAGCCCUCUUCUGUGGCCCAGCCGCCCAUGCCAGGCAACGCCAUUCUCAAGCCUGACAUCAUCGGUCCUGGAGUGGACCUCGUUGCUGUUGCUCCCGGGAAGAAACCCGGCGACCCCGGUGCUCUUGCCCGCAUGUCGGGUACUUCCAUGGCCACCCCCCAUUUAGCGGGGCUAGCCGCUUUAAUCAUCCAGAAGUACCCCAACUGGACCCCUGCGCAGGUGAUGUCAGCGCUGAUGACGACGGCACGUGUGACAGACACGAGCAAGAGCGCGAUCAGGAGUGCGACGGGCGGGGAGGCCACCCCGUGGGAGAUGGGUGCAGGCCACGUGUUCCCCCCCGCCAUGUUCGACCCCGGCCUCACCUAUGACGCCCGCGACAGCGACUACCAGAAUUUCCUCACCGGGCAGGACCUCAACCGCGCGAAAAAGGAGUUUCCAGGGGUGGCGCUCUCCCCUUUUGCUGCCCGGAACCUCAACCUGCCCACCAUCACUCUGCCCCGCCUGCAGGGCUUCCUGCAGGUCACCCGCACAGUCACCAACGUGGCCGGGACCCAGUCCACAUACAGUGUAUCUGGGAAGGCACCGCAGGGGGUGAAGGUGACGGUGGGGCCUAGGAGCCUCACGCUUGCUCCCGGACAGAAGGGGACCUACACGUUGACGUUCACGGUGGAUACACCCAGUAAUGAGUUCAAGUACGGGUAUAUAGUGUGGGAUGACAACCAGGGCCACAGUGUGCGGUCCCCCCUUGUGGUGCAACCCAUCUCCCGCUGA